AUGAAGUUUGCUGAAAUCUUGCUCAUCGUUCUCAACAACUCAACAACGACUGCCGACAUGGAUUCGGAAAAGCAUGAGAGUGAGACUGCGAAGGAGCUGGUGAACGCACUCAAGAGUGAGCUUCAACGAUCAAAGGAGCUGCAGGAGGAGAUCGACAUCAAGGAGACAAGAAUAUCAUCGCUGGAGUCAGAAAUCCGCGAUAUGACAAGCACCUUCGACAGAGAGAAGUCGGAUCUUCAGCGCGAACUAUCCAUGAAAUCUCAGCUCUACGAGAACGGCCUGACGAUGAUGCACGAGAUGCAGCAGGUCUGUAGGAAGAGAGCCACAACGAGGUUGCUCUGCUCCCUCGUCUUCCUGUUUGAGUUUGUCAUCGUCCCCUUGCAGGCUCAGGAGAUCUUGUUCCAGAGGAUCAAAUUCCUCGAGGAUCAGCUGGAGAAGGUCAGAACGGAGUUGUACAAAGCCAAGCAAGAGGCGCAGGAGAUGUUGCUGUAUAAGGCAGAGGUCAACGAUUUGAACGAGGCGUUGGAAGAACUAGAAAACGAGAUGCAGACGCUGGUGGAGAAGAUCCAGAACUUGGAAUGUGAAAGACAAGAAAUGAUUUCUAGCCAUAGAGUGCAAGAAGACAACUCGGUCGAGCUCGAGCAAGCGCUGCGGGAGGUACAGCAGCUUAGGUCGCUGUCUGACAGCAGGGAGUCGCUCCUGAGGAUGUUGGAGGAUGGGAGGCAUAUCGACCAUGCGGGGAUGCAGAAGUUGAGACGGGCAGGACGGAUCAUGCAGCCUCCUGAGAAGACGGGGCAUCAUCCUGCUCAGCCCCCGGCUAAACGCAAACCAGGCACGAGCAAGGACGGGAACGAGAGGCUGAGGGCGAGGAGCGGAGCAGCGCUAGUGGAGUCACCGAGGAGCGAGUCAAACCUCAAAGUCCCGGCUUCAAGGACACCAGAGAAUCUGCAGAGGGGAAGCGCGAUAGUGGCCAAGAGGCGGACGGGGCCUCGUGAGAUCCUGACAGCUGGACUGGAGCUCGUCAUCGAUACCUGA